AUGCUGUCGUUCCUGCUGUUAGUGUUGGUGGUACGAGGUCUCGAGGCUGAUCCGCUGCUAGUGCAGACACCACUAGGUCAGAUCAGGGGGUUAGCGGCUGACGAUGGGAAUUACGCGAUGUUUUUGGGGAUACCCUUCGCUAGGGUUGACCACGAGAACCCUUUCGGGGCGUCGGAACCCUACCCCGACUUCACCGAAGUAUUUCAAGCCAACAACGACAGUGCUAUCUGUCCUCAACGCGAGGAACUCUCAAAUGAGUUCCGCGGGACCAUAGAUUGUCUCAAUGUGAACGUGUACGUUCCUAAUGCCCCAGCCCCGGGCCCAACUAACCAACGGAGGUUGCCGGUACUCGCUUGGAUCCACGGUGGAGGCUUUCAGAACGGCUACGGUGGGAAAGUGCUGUAUGGUCCGAAGUAUUUAGUGAGACAUGACAUUAUUGUUGUCACUAUCAACUAUCGGUUGGGCCCGUACGGAUUCAUGUGCUUGGAUGUACCCGAAGUGUCCGGCAACCAAGGUUUUAAGGAUCAAACUCUAGCGCUGCGCUGGAUCAGGGAGAACAUAGGAGCAUUUGGCGGGGACCCGAGCAAGGUCACAAUUUACGGCGAGAGCGCUGGCGCAGCGUCAGCAGAGUUUCACAUGGCCUCAGAGAACGAAGUGCUUUUCCAGCAGGCCAUACUGUCAAGUGGCGCCAUCUAUGGCGGAUGGACAAUCGGCCAGAUCGACAACAAUGGACCCAUCAACCUCGCAGCGAGGUUAGGUCUGCAGACCGACAACGUGAGAGAUGCGCUCGCCCACCUCAAGACCGUAGACCCGAUCAGAGUGGUGCAGGAAUCCAGCUUCGUCCCCAACCGAUUCACGGGCUGCGUGGAGCGUCGUUUCAGUUCCGUCGAAGGCUUCCUCCACACGCACCCAUUCACGAUGACCACUCUCCCCAAGGCGGAGAACAUUUCCAUCAUCACCGGUUAUAACGACCAAGAGAUGCUCAUGUCGUUUAUCAAUACCCCCGAAGACGCUUUUCCAAAUUUGGAUCCGUUCAUGAACUUCGCGCGAGGUUACCCAGAAGACCAGAUGGACAGCGUAUACAACUCCGUUCGUCGCUUCUACAUCGGGGACGUGAACAUCACCGCUGACCUUAGGUGGAAUCUCAUAGACUUCAACUCAGAUCAGAUGUUUAACCAUCCAUCACACAGGAGCCUGGAUAGAUUCCUACUCACAGGAUCCAAGACCUACCACUAUAUCUUUUCGUACACCGGUGGAAGGAAUAUGGUGAAGGUCCGCAUGAACGUCACCGAGGGUGGGGCGGCCCACGCCGACGAACUGGGUUACGUGUUCGAUAUGCAGCCACUGUCCGGUUUGGGGAGCGCUGCCGAUUUGGUGACUGUCGACAGGGUCACGAUGCUGUGGGCUAACUUCGUCAAGUUUGGAAACCCUACACCGGCAGUCACGCCACUGCUCCCCGUGAUCUGGCCAGAGGCCACGAAAGACCAGCUCCAUUAUCUAGAUAUUGGAACCAACCUAGUGCCGAGCCUGAGGCCUUUCCACGACCGAAUGACCUUCUGGGACGUGUUUGUUCGAGCGUUUCCCAGCGAAAUACCCCAGGACAACGGGGCAUUCUCUAACCGUUUCAGUCAACCUACCGCCUUGCAAAAGCGAGCUACUGCAGCAAUUUCUGCGAGCAAACUAUAUAUAUGUACCAUUUGGCAUAAUGCUCAUUUGAAAAAUCCAACCACAUAUCAACCAGACAAUAACGGCUGGGUAUUAAAAGAUGACAAAUGCCAGUUCAAAUGGUUUGAAGGGGAUCAACUACCGAGUCAUGUUAGUGGUUCGCUCAAAACUCAAUCAGAAACUGACGAAGAAGGUGAUGUUGAGGACGAUCAUGCCAUCGAUUGGAGUAGUAGUGAUGAAGAAAAUGAAAACAUCGACGACAAUGCUUAA